CUGUAUUAUUUUUCAGGUCAUGCCCUGGACUGCUAUUACUGCACUAACAUAAUAGACAAUAAUAAUGAAGACUGUAUGAAUCCAUAUACCUGUGAUGACAAUGACCUUCCAAACAAUGGUUCUUAUGAAGCCUGUGCUACAUUGACUUAUUACGCUGAUGGUCUGUACAUUGUAAAAGGAUGUUACCGAAGUACUGAAAAUACUGAUCUUUGGACCUACAGUGAUUGUAUUGGAGAGAGAAUUGCGUUAUUAGCUUACGAAUGUAAUCUAGAACACGAUGGAUGGCGAUGUCUUGAAUGCUGUACAGAAGAUCUUUGCAAUGAGAGUGGUGUUUCCAUGACAACCUACAGUGCAACAACCCUUCUUUUCAGUUUGGCGGUAUAUUUAAAACUACAUACAUAAAUGAUGUAUCGUUCAUGUCAGUUCACAUCGUUGGAGUAACUAAGGUCUAGACAAAUAUAUAUAUAUAUAUAUAUAUAUAUAUAUGUUUGUAGUCAUUACACGCGUGAGAUAAAAUGGAAACCAAAUUGAUUAUUGAGCUAACUUUUUGUUACUGUACAUGUAAUUGUAUUCGUUAUCAAAUGUGAUUUUUUUCCAGUAAUUGUCGAGGUAAACUCUGUGCAGAUAGACUUUUUAAAAAUUUGCCACAAGUGCCUUUAACAAUCUAAAAUAAACGCGAGUUAUGUCUGAUUAUAUAAAAGCAAACACAAUGGUGCAAUGUGUGUCUUUGCAUUACGGUGCUCUACUCAAAUUCACAUUACGUGUGUGUUACCCCACAACAUUCAUAAUUGAACGUAAUUAUGCUAUGUCUAUAUUAUUUAUUGACUACAAAAAAAAAUGCAAUGUAAAUAAA